AUGGGUUCAAGCUGCAGCAAAUCCGGCGACCCCCAGCAAUGGGGCUACAUCGACGACGGUAAGGGCUGGACGGCGCGGCCCAGGUCCGAGUACAUGAAGACGCCGGCGUACAACAAGCAGCUUCGCAGGCAGAUGAGGCAGAAGGAUAUCGCGAUGGGCGGGAACGGGCAUAUUUCGAUGGCGGAGCAGUCGAGGAAGCAGUGGUGA